UUUUUGUUACGUCUAGAUGGAUGCUGAUUAUGAUCCAGAAGAGGAAUCCAAGACCGUCCAACAGGAGGUCGUAGAAUCCUCAUCCAGAGUUAAUCGCAGAAGAAAAUCAAAGUUUGCUCGUGCACUCAAGAAAAAGAAGCCUGUGUUUAACCCUGAUGAAAAGGAUUUUGACUCCUAUUUUAAUGAGUACUACAAUCUCGACUUUGAAGACAUAGUGGGAGGAGUGCAUGCCGGUAUAAAAUGGAAAGUAGAGCCAAAUGACUUUGGUCUGUCAACUGAGGAGAUUCUGAAUGCUGGUGUUACUGAGCUCCAGAAAUGGAUCCCCAUUAGACAAAUAUUAAGACAUGACAGAACAGAUGCAAUGGAGAAGAGAGAUCGAUCUCAACUAUACAGCGGCAGAGAUGUUGCAGCAUCAAAACAGAAAAUACUUCCCAGUCUUUUUGCUGAAAAUCCAGAGGAUAUUUUAGAGGCUGAGGAAGAAAAGAAAAGACAGAAAAACCUGAAGAAGAAACUAAGACGGCAGAAGAAGUUAGAAGAGCAGGAGAGCAUGUUAGGUGAAUGCAGCACUGAACUAGAAGAUGGAGAGAAAACAGAACGAUCUCGGAAAAAGCGAGGCUUAGAAGGAGCCAACACAAAAUCCCCCAAGAAGAAGAGAAAGGAGGUAGAAGAGGAGGGAGAAGGACGGAGAAGGAGGACAAGGAAGAACAGGAAGAGAAGGAAGAGAAGAACUUCAGUUGAAGAAAACACAGAAUGGGAAGUGAAAACAGCAAAGAAAAAGAAGAAGAAAAAGAAGAAGUUAGCCGUCAUUAAUGGAAAUCAAGAACCAGAAGGGGAAACGGAAACAGUCACAGAGGAAAGCGUUAAUGAAAAAACAACAAAGGAGAAAGAGGAGGAAGAAAACCAAGAACCAGAAAUAGAAAUACCAACUUGUACAGAGGAAAGUGAUAAGAAAAAGAAGAGAAAGAAGAAAGUAGUUGAAGAAAACCAGGAAAAUGAGAAGAAGAAAAAGAAAAAGAAGAAGAAGAAGGAAGUGGAGGAAGUACAAGCACAAGAUGCCAGUGAAGUAAUUAAAUCACCAAGGAAAGAAAAACGAAAAUGGAAGAAAAAUGGAAAGGAAGAUCCUUUCCUCCAGGGAAUAUGUGAUGCAAGACUGGCAGCAUAUGGAGCAAACCCAAAGAAACUCAAGAAUAAGGUGAAAUAUGGGAAAAAAAUCAGUUGACUGAAUUAUGGGAAGUUGUUUUCAUUCUGAGUAUCUCAAAAGGAACAGCUGGGAAUUAUUUUAUAAUUUACACUAAUAAAGUGUAUUUUGACAGUUUCUAA